CACCCCUCAGACCUCGUCCAUGGCGUCCGGCAUCUCAUCCAUGGCUGCCAUACUGUCGGCCAACAAGAGGCCGGCCGUAAGCGCCGCCUGCUAUCAGGUGUCGUCUGUGAACGAAAACACGGCUAAGAAGUUGUGCCGUAAGUCACCCCUCAGUCUCAUAGCGCACACGGAGUCCCAGAUCAUGCGGACAUACCCGGCCGGCAUGCGGAUCGACUCAUCCAACUUCAAUCCCGUCAUCUUCUGGGCCUUUGGGCUCCAGUCGGUUGCCCUCAACUACCAGACCGUCGACUCGGCCCUACAUAUCAAUCACGCGAUGUUCGAGCAAAACGGUGGGUGCGGUCUCGUGCCUAAGCCCGCGGUCAUGAGGGACAGGCAGCACAUGAUGUUCGGCCGGUUUAACCCGUGGGACAAGGAGUUUGACGGACUCCACGCCAUUAACCUUACGAUUACGAUAAUUUCUGGUCAAUACGUUUGCCAAAACACAAACACCGGUAGCCCUCAGGUGGAGGUGGAGGUGAUCGGCAUUCCCGUCGACUCGAGCCGUCAGCGCACGAAAAUGGUUCAGAGGAACUCAUUGAACCCCAUAUGGAACGACACCUUUAUGUUUAGGGUAACAUUCAGUGAUUUAGCGUUUUUGCGGUUUUCGGUCACAGAUUUGGGUACAAAUCACUUGACGGCCCAACGGGUCAUACCAUUAAAUUGCUUACGACAGGGCUAUCGGCACCUGAGGCUCAGGAGCGCACAGAACCAGUCGCUACCCCUGUCCACCAUUUUUAUAUAUUCCCAAUACGAGGAGGAGGGAAUAGACCUACCGGUGGGUACGGGUGCGGAGGACAGCCCAGCGUACGGAUCGCUGCAAAUGGUGGGCAAACGGAGCCGACGGCCCCCUUCGUCGGCCGACUUCACGCGCCUCGAGUCCCGGGACGUCAUCGGCUCGGCUCCCGUCCGGCGUCGUAUGUUUUUCCUCGUCAUCCACGGCGUGGUGGCCGACGAGCCGUCGACUAUACUGAAGAUCACUCAGGACUCGACCGCUCAGGACGUCAUCGCCCAGGCCUUAGCCAAAGCCAACAAACCCGUGGACACCGCCAACGACUACGUACUCAUCGAAGAGGUCCAGAGGGGGUGGGAUAGGAAACGGCUGACCGAUAGGAACAUUACGCAACGCAUUCUCGAUCCCGGGGAACGACCCCUCGAGGCCCAGUCCCAGUGGAAAGGGGACGGCAGGUUUGUGCUGAAGAAGGUGGCGGACGACCCGUCGUCGAGGGCGUGGAUGUCGAGCAUAAGGAACGCCCAGAAGGACCGGAAUCGGGCCAAAGCCAUGGGCGCAGACAUGCAGAGC